AUGGACAAAGAUAUAGAUAUAAAAUGUAUCAAUGAAAUUCGUAUGCUAUCGGCUGAAAUGCCAUUACAAGCGAAUAGUGGACAUCAAGGAGCCCCAAUCGGCUGUGCGCCAAUAGCUCAUGUUUUAUGGGCUUAUGUUAUGAAUUAUUAUAAUGAAGAUACAAAAUGGAUAAAUAGAGAUAGAUUUGUUUUAUCUAAUGGUCACGCUAGCGCAUUGCUAUACACAAUGUUAUAUUUAACUGAACAAGGUUUAACUAUAGAAGACUUAAAAAAUUUUCGACAAUUAGGAAGUUUAACUCCUGGUCAUCCAGAGAAUCAUAUUACCAAAGGUGUAGAAGUGACUACAGGACCAUUAGGUCAAGGAGCUUCUAAUGCAGUUGGGAUGGCAAUUGCUGCUCAUAAUUUAGCAGACAAAUAUAAUACAAAGGAACAUAAAAUUUUUGAUAAUUAUAUUUAUUGUAUAUGUGGAGAUGGAUGUAUGCAAGAAGGAGUAUUUUGUGAAGCCGCAUCUUUAGCUGGUCAUUUAGGAUUAGGAAGAUUAAUUCUUUUAUAUGAUGAUAAUAAAAUUACCAUUGAUGGUGAAACAAGUUUGUCCUUUACAGAAGAUAUUGAAAAGAAAUUUGAAGCCUUAAAUUGGGAAGUUCGAAGAGUGGAAGAUGGAAAUACAGAUUUUAAAAAAAUAUUGACUGAAAUUGAAGAAUCCAAAAAAAAUUUAAAACAACCCUCACUAAUAAUAGUCAAAACAACUUGUGGUUUCGGAACUAAAGUUCAAGGAACUUGCAAAUCUCAUGGUUUAGCAUUAAAGGAAGAAGAUUUAAAAACCUCGAAAAAUUUUUUUGGUUUAGAUCCUGAAAAAAAAUUUCAUAUUACUGAUGAAGUAAAGAAUUUUUACAAAAAUGUAAUAGAAAAGAAAAAAGAACAUUAUAUGAAAUGGAGAAAAAUGUUCGAAGAUUUUACUUUACAAUUUCCUGAAGUAGGACAAGAAAUUUUGAGAAGAUUCCAAAAUGAUUUGCCUUAUAAUUGGAAAGAUGUAUUGCCAAGGUAUACACCUACUGAUGCCCCAUGUGCAACAAGAAAUUUAUCAGGUGUCGUUUUAAAUUGUUUAAAUAAAAUAUUACCUGAAUUAAUAGGAGGAAGUGCUGAUUUAACAGAAUCUAAUUGUACAGCAUUAAAAGAAGAAAAAGAUAUUACCAGAAAUUUUCACGGAAAUAAAUAUAUAAGAUAUGGAGUAAGGGAACAUGGAAUGGUUGCUAUAACAAAUGGAAUUUAUUCCUAUGGAGGUUUUCAGCCAUUCUGUGGUACUUUUCUCAACUUUUAUACAUAUGCGUUUGGUGCUUUAAGGUUAGCAGCUUUAUCUAAUCAUCAUAUUUUAUGCAUAGCUACACACGAUUCCAUUGAAUUAGGGGAAGAUGGUCCAACACAUCAACCAAUUGAAGUAUUAUCAUUACUCAGAUCAACACCAAAUUUAAAUAUAAUUAGACCAGCAGAUGGAAAUGAAGUAUCAGGAGCUUAUUUGUGCCAUUUUACAAAUCCGCAUACACCAACAGUUAUUGCAUUAUGUAGAAAUAAGGUUCCACAUUUAAGAAACACAUCAGUAGAAAAUGUUUUAAAAGGAGCAUAUAUUUUGGAAGAUUUUGAUGAUUCAAAGGGGCAGAAAGUUAUUUUAAGUGGAUGUGGAUCUGAACUACACUUAUGCUUUGAUGCCAAAAAUAUUUUAAAAAAUGAACACAAUUUAAAUGUUCGAAUUGUUAGCUUCCCAUCAUGGACAUUAUUUAAAAAGCAAACAGAAGAAUAUCAAAAUUCUAUUAUGAUGCAUCUUAAUCCUGAUGUAGUAAGAUUUUACAUUGAACCUGCUUCUACUUACGGAUUUGAUACAUAUUUUAAUGUUUACAUAGGUAUUAAUCAAUUUGGAUAUUCAGCACCCAAAAACAAAAUAUGGGAGCAUUUUGGUAUCACACCAAAUCAUAUUGUUCAAAAAAUAUUGAAUUUUUUAAAAAAUAAAUUGAAGUAA